AGAAACUGCAACAAGCACAUUUGAACAGCAGGGGGAGAACUCAUGCAGUAGAUGAUGUGGAUCUGAUGACAGCCCAGGGCCCAGAGUGGAGCUCGAUCACUUUUCCGGGGUUCGUACAACAGGUCUAGCGUGCUCAGGCAGAGGCAAGGACCACAGAUGAGAAGUUGGUAGAAAAUAUAUGCAACGUUUGCAUCAAGAGCAAGCUCACACAGCCUUUCAAAGGAGAGAGACUGAGCGGAGAGGGAAGGCACCACGGAUCUGUGAACCACUGAAGGCUAACAGUUCACGGCUACACAGUUAGCCACGGCCGCAGAGAGGUAUGUCUGAAGUUAGUCUUGAGGCUGAUUCGGGGAAGACCUCAGCCGAGGACCCUCAGGUGGAUUAUGAGGAGGAUGGCAGAGCAGAGGAGAGUUUGAGUGAGGGCGUGAAACAGGAGAAUGUAGACGACAGUAGCGGGGGAGAUGACAGAGAUGAAGAGCUGUACGACAUUGAUAUUGACACUCCUGAAGAAUGUGCACAGGACAGUGACAGAGAUGUCGAGGAGAAGGUGGAGGAGGAUGAGGGAGUUCAGAUAGAGAGCGAGGUGACAUACAGAGAUGAUGAUGCAGCCACACAGGUGACUGAUAGGGUAGAAAGUGGGGAACAGGAGAUGAACCAUCAUGUUGAAAGAGCUGAAACACCAGCGGAGAGGGAAGAACCUCACACUGAAACAAAGGUGAGCACAAUGGCUGAGGAGCCCCACAGAAGCUCAGCCGCAGAGAUCCCGGUCACCAGUAAUGGAGACCUGGAUCAGAACCCUGAGAUGGUUUUCCAGAGGGACUCUUACCCCAGUGUACCUGGGGCCCUAAACCUCUCAGAGUCCUGCGUCACCUCCAGUAACUUCACUUCAACAACAGAGGGCAUCAUUGAAUCAGGGCCGUACAGAGGGUCAGCAAGCCUGCCCACAUCUCCCGUGGCACCUGUAGCUCCCAGCUCGGCUGUUGCUAGCCGCCUGGCACGCUCUACCAGCGAUAGUCAGACUGAGACAGGUGGAGGAGCAUUGGUCCUGUCAGAUGACUUAAAGAGCCCAGCCAUGGAGAAACUGGACCUUGUGAGAAAGUGGAGCAUCAACACGUAUAAAUGCACCAGGCAGAUCCUGUCAGAGAAGCUGGGCCGUGGCUCGAGGACGGUGGACAUGGAGCUGGAGGCUCAAAUCGAAGUCCUCCGUGAUAACAAGAGAAAGUACCAGCAUGUCAUCAAGCUGGCUCAGACGCUGUCCAAUCAGCUGUCCCAGAUGAUGCAGACACAAAGACAGCUGGGAGAUGCCUUCGCUGACCUGAGCCUCAAGUCACCAGAACUACAUGAGGAGUUUGGUUACAACGCUGACACCCAAAAACUUUUGUCCAAAAAUGGAGAGACUCUGCUGGGUGCAAUCAACUUCUUCAUCUCUAGUGUUAACACACUUGUGGACAAAACAAUCGAAGACACCAUGGUCAAUAUCAAACAGUAUGAAAUUGCCAGGGUUGAGUACGAUGCGUACCGCACAGACUUGGAGGAGCUGAAUCUGGGACCACGGGAUGCCACGACCAUGCCCAAGAUAGAGCAGUCCCAGCAGCAGUUCCAGAUCCACCGGGAGAAGUAUGAGAGGAUGCGAAACGACGUCUCCAUCAAGCUGAAGUUCUUGGAGGAGAACAAGGUGAAGGUUUUGCACAACCAGCUCAUCCUGUUCCACAAUGCUAUUGCUGCGUACUAUGCUGGAAACCAACAGCAGCUGGAAGAGACACUCAAGCAGUUCCACAUCAAGUUGAAAAUGCCAGGUGGAGACAGUCCAUCGUGGCUGGAAGAGCACUAAUUGCUCCAUUUGAAGCCAUAGUGGCUCGGUUUGACAGGAAAUGUCAAAUUCUACAAAAACUACAGGAACUACCCCUCCCUCUUCUUCCCUUCAACUCUACUGUCACUGCCUUUUAAACUUUCACAAUUGUAAAUCUUUCAAGUCAUGCAAAACAUGAAAUAACAGGGAAGAGAUCCCACAAUCAGUUUUAUUCUGAUGUCAAAUCAUCCUUUUCAUAUUGCAGUUCUUUGAAAACAAAGGAAAUGCACUUUUAUACUGUUUGACAAAUCUGUAAAACAGGAGUUGCUGCAGUAAACAUGUUUGGAAACUGUAAAUGGCCUUUUGUACUCCAGCAUAUGAAUGUUGUAUCUUUGCAUGGCAGACAUGUUGGCUCUGUAAGGGCAGCUACCGGAUCAAAACGACUGCCGUUAUUUACAUUACCUUUAAUCAGCCCUACUCAAACACAGAUGAACGCUUUACAGAAGUCAUAUCAGUACACUUCAGCUGACUCUGAGCAUGAUUACUCUGAUUUGACUUUAUAUCUGUGCUUAUAAACCGGGCAUAGCAGCUUUCAAAAUUCUUAAUCAUGCAAAUGCAAACUUUAUAGUUGACAUUUUGGGAAAUCACUUAUUUACUUUCAUGCGUAGAGUCAGACAAAAAAGAUCAACACCACUUUCGUAUCUGUAUGUUUAAUGUUAGGCUUUAUCUGGCAGCUUUUUAAGCUUAGCUUAGCAUAAAGACUAGAAAACAAAAUGAACAAGCUUGGCUCCGUCCAAAGGUAAAAAAAAAAAGUCGCAUUUACCCAAAAACCCUCAGCAUAAAAAAUGAAGUUGUGGUUUUAUGGGAGAUUUUUCUGAUUAGGUACAGUGCCGGGCUACCAGUGUCUCUUGGAUUCCAGUAUUAAUGCUAAGCUACGCCAACAAACUGCAAGCUUCAUAUUUAAUGUACAAGCAUGAGCGGUAUCAAUCUUCUUGUCUAACUCUGGGCAAAUAAAAAAUAAUACCGGUAUGUCCCAAAAUACCAAACUGUUUAGUUUAAACUGAUAUCUAAAUGAAAUUGAUUUCAUUUCACAACAAAUCAUGCAUGCUGUGAUAUGAUAUUGUGAACCUCUUUUUUUUUUUUUUUUUAGCAUUUUCCUAUUCUUGUCUAAAUCCAUGGUACAAGACUGAAUGGGUCAACCUGUUUGUUUUUUUCUUCCAGAAAAAUGAAGGAUGAGCCUUAUGUGACUAGAUGUGCCUUGAAUUCUUGAAUUUGACCCUCUCUCUUCCCCCUCUGUGCUACCAUACCUGGUCCUGUUAAUACAUACAGGCACUGUCAUUACACGUCUUUGGGACCAACUCCUCCCUUCAAGGAAGGGAACGGACCAAACACAAACACACACACACAGAGGACGUACAGUUUAAGCCUGUACAUUCUGAAACACUCCACAUGAAAAGAUAGCUCUGAUAUAAAGGAAUACUCUAGUAACAUCAGAAGGUCUAAAUGUAUUUGAAGACUUGCUCUUCUCAAAGAUAUUUAUCCGUUUUGCACACGUGCACAUUUAUGCGUUUGAGACUAAUUACAAAAAACUUGUAAAGCCUGUAUGAUAUGUAAGGUGAAAACCAAAAUGGGAUUAACUCGAGAAACUUUUUUUGUAAAUUUGAAAGACCAGCAUCCUUUGCCUGAGCUGCUAACGGUUUCUUUCAUUGGACUUUAUAAAAGUAUGUUUUUCAAUGAGGACGUUGUACGCUGGUAUUGAUAACCGGCUGUUUCGUCCUCACUUUGUAAUAUUCCUGACAUAGCAGUUUGAGAGUGUGGAUCUUGUACAACAAUCUACCCUGAAAUAGAUGGAUAUAUAUUUGUAAUUUUCUCUAUUUUACCCUGUAUGUAGUUGAUGACCAAUGCUGCAGUUUGGCUUUUUUUUUUAUUUCCCAGAGACAUCCAGAAUGAUACGCUAGUGCUAGUCUGUGCUAGUGGAUCUCUACCUUUUUAAUAAUGAAACAUUACCAGCAAAUGUUGAGUUAAGAAAGGAUUCUGAAUGUUGUGUAACCUCUUUGGGAAAAUAAAAGUUCUUUUCUUUAAGCAUC